AUGGCCCCAAGCCGCCAGUGGGCCCAUGCUGCCCCCGGGCGCCCAUCCCGGCCCCUAGCGCGGCCAUUGGAGAGGAGGCGCGUGGUGGUCGUCGACGAGCUGCAGCAGCAGCAGCAGCAGCAGCAGCUAAACCACGGCCUCGGCCACGGAGACGAGGACAGCUUUCUCCCCCUCUUCUCGGACGAACCGUUGCGUGCCGCCCCAGACUUGGACCAAUUCCUCCCGCCUGCCUCUCGCGUGGAGCUCAACCACCAAGCUGCACAGCUGCGCCAGGCACGCAUUCGCGAGCCUUCUGGACCUCUACCAAAAGUCGACCCCAACAGCAGCGCCUUUUGGUCAGGGUCAGAGGAAGUAGCCAACGAAGAAGCCGGUGGAGAAGUCCCCGAAGGAGGCCGUGAAGGAGCCAACGAAGCAGACAGUGGAGAGGACAGCGACAGUGACGACGUUCUCGACGAGCACGUCGAAUCGCCUUCCUGGGAAUAUCUGCUUGACCCCCCUGUCGCUCCUGCCGAAUUAGACAACCUUUCGGAGCUCUUUCGGGCUGCGUCGCUACACGAGGACGUCCGUCGCUUCCCUGUGUUGUCGCCUGAGGCCCAAGAAACCCAAGAGACCCAGGAAUCCGAAGAGACUGAAGAGACUAACGAGUCCGACGAGUCUGACGAGUCCGACGACUGGGAAUACUCUUUUCUGGAGGUUCCGGACUUCUUAGACCACCAUAAUAGCGACGACGACGAAGAAAGCGACGGUCCAGGGCAAGGUAGCACUGGGAACGGUCAAGAAACGAACAGGGGCGCCGAGGGAGAGGGCGGUGCAGAGCAAAACGACCAGCAGAGGGACAACGAACAGCAAGAUCCUGAACAGGACACGAGUAACCACUCGGAGGGCGAGGGUGGGUCCACACAGAGAGACACGGCCCAGCAGGGUUCAGAUCCAGACUCGUCGACUGAUUUCGACGGUGACGAGGGAUCCAUGGCGCCUAAAUCCGCGGAUGAGAUCAUGGUGCAAGAUUCUAUUGAGGCGAAGGGCGACCAAGACGUCGAGAUGGGAGAUGCCCCUGCUGACGCCAACGGUGGGGAGACCGCGACUGCCAGCCUCACAGUGAACACGGGUGCAGAUACCAACGGCGACGCGGAUGCCGAGGGCGAAGCCGAUGUCGAUGGUGAUGGCGACGCCGAUGCAGAUGGCGACGCAGAUGCAGAUGCAGAUGCAGAUGCGGAUGCAGACGCCGACGCGGAUGGCGAGGUUGACAGCGCCGGACCUGCCGAUACCUCAAAAGGCCGCCGCGGAAGAGGACGUUGGCGAAAUGUGGAUGAUCCAAACAAGGAGCUGCGCCAACUUAUUGAUGAUCUGCAGAAGUAUCUCAGCAGUUACACAGAAGAUGACGAGGAGAUUUGUGAGCCAUUCCAGCGCAUUCCGCGAAAGAACAUCUUCCCAGACUACCACGAGAUCAUCUCAAAUCCGAUCGCAUUCAGCACGGUUCGAGGAAAACUUCUCAAGAAAGAGUACACAGAGUUCUCCCAGUUUGUCUUCGAUGUGGCUCAAAUCUUCCGUAAUGCGCAGAUCUACAACCGUCCGAGCUCUGAUAUUUUCAAGUACUCUGUGCGCUUGAUGGAGGUCUUCAAGGAGAAGCUCCAGGAGCUGAUCAGCAACGAGUCCAUCUCUGCGGAAGAAGCUGUGCUGCCAGAUUUUGGCGAGCUACCUCCCGUGGAUCCUUCACCAGAACCUGACGAGGACGAGCUAGAAGAGGAGGAUGAUGAAGAGGAGGAGGAUGAAGAUGAAGACGACGACGAUUCUGAUGACGAAGGCGGCCGCCGUAGAGGCCGUCGACGUGGUCGAGUUUCCAAGAAGGACGCCGAUGAUGACGACGACUACCACAAGAAGCGUGGCCGUCCACCCAAGGUGUUCACUCCAACGGAGGCGCGGAUCAAUGCAGUUCUAAAAGGCCUGCGGAAGCCAAAGGAUGAGGACGGCAACCUCCGCGUCCUCGACUUCGAGAGGCUGCCUGACAAGCAGCUGAACAAGGAGUACUACCAAGUGAUCACAAAUCCUGUCGCUCUUGAUCAGAUCAAGAGGAACGCAAAGCGCAAGAAGUAUCGCAACGUGGACGAAUGCUUUGCGGAUAUCGAUCUCAUGUUUCGCAACGCGAUGCAUUACAAUGCACCGGACAGCCAAAUCUACGAGGAUGCGACUGAGCUGCUGAAGGAGGCCGAACGGCUGGUUGAGCAGGAGAAAACCAAGCCAGAUGAUGCCUUCCGUGACGAGGAGGGCAAGCUCCCUCUCUCAGAGGCCCAGCAUAACGGCGAGACGUGGAAAGUUGGCGACUGGGUUCACAUCCGUAAUAUGAAUGACCUAGAGAAGCCUAUCGUGGCCCAGAUCUAUCGGCUCUGGCAGGAUGAAGCAGGAAAGAAGUGGGUCAACGCCUGCUGGUACUACCGUCCUGAGCAGACCAUCCACCGCGUGACGAAGCGUUUCUACAGGAACGAGGUCAUGAAGACGGGCCAGUACCGCGAUCAUCUGAUUGAUGACAUCGUGGACCGAUGCUUCGUGAUGUUCCACACGCGCUACCACAAGGGUCGACCGCGCGGCCUGCCACCAGGCAAGGAGGUGUACGUCUGCGAGGCGCGAUAUAACGAAGAGAAGUUCACCUUCAACCGGAUCAAGACGUGGACGAGUUGCUUGCCUGACGAGGUUCGGGAAAAGGACUAUGAGAUGGAUCUGUUUGAUGUCCCUCGCAAAAUCAAGAAGGAGCCAACUCCAAUUGCGCAUCUCAUCAACGAGAAUGCCAAAGAGACAGACAUGAUGCCGAAGCCAAACUGGGGACACAAGGAUGCGCCGCCCAUAAUAGGAGGUGUACACAUCCGACCCAGGGAGCCGAAUGACUCUCCUUCGCCAGAGCCGACCCCAGAGCCCCCAUCGGUCCCACCGCCCUCGAUGGCUGCUGCUGACCCGAUUCGUCGACAAUCUGUCCCGAUGGCCCCUACGUCGACCGCCUUUCAUCCCGGCGUACCGGUCCCGAUCCCUUCCCCUUCUCCUGCACAUGCACAUGCGCAUGCAAAUCACUACCAGCAGCCGCACUUCAUCCCACCACGCCCGGUCGCGACUACGCCUAGCGCCAUACCGGUCCAGUCUACUCAUCACCAGUAUCAGCACCACACGGCCCCUUCACCCGUGCACCAUCACGCCCAGGCUCACAGUCCCCAUUUUGCUCCACAGCACCAAGGCUACAGCCACCACCCACAGCAACAGCCGCCGCCGCCGCAUCAGCAGCAGCCGCACUACGUGCCCAGCCCUGCAUCGGUGGGUCAUCAUCACCACAUACCCAACGCCGGCAGCUUCUCAAGCCAGCCCCACGUCCCUUACGCUGCCCCCGUUCAGCACCACCACUCGCGCAUGCCCAUGGCGCCCACAGCGAGCAACACGGCAAUCCCGCAUGCUAAUGCCAAUGCGACCAUGCACACUGGAGCCCCGCGCUACGACUCAUGGGUACUGUACGACGACGUCGACGCCUCGAUCCCUCGCGAGGUUCGCGACCAGUACCACACGGACGACAAGGGCCAUCUGCUGUUCUUCACCGCGCCGCCUCAGAACCGGCCCAGCCACGGCGCCGCGGAGGAGAACGCGACCCUCGGCCACAGCGUGCGCUACCUGAGCGACAUCCACGAGCACCGCGCAGAGCGGGAGCGCAAGCGCAAGGAGCGCGACGAGGCGCUGCGACAGCAGGCGGCCGACCAAGCCGCACGCGACAAGGAGGUCAGGGAGCAGACGGAGCGCCAGAUGAGCGCCACGGCGGGCCAGCGGUUCGGCGACUGGAUCCUCGGCAUGCAGCGUGAGAACGAGGAGAUGGAGAAGGAGCUGGCGCCAAUCCGCGCUCAGAAGGCUGCCUGGCUGGCCGAGAAGGAUGCGCUGAAUGGCCAGCAGCAGCAGGAGUGA